GCGUCAUUCCUAAGGCGGAGGAGGCGGAGAUUCCAGCAGGGACGUAAACUGGACUGGAAGAGCGGAUCAUUAAAGUCCGGAGAGGAACACCGCGGUUGUUUUGAGAUAUUAUUUUGGUGGACAUCUGCUGAUCUUGGAUCGGCUCUGACGUCAUCCCAUCCUCGCUUUGCCGCUUAUCUGAGCCUCGGCAGUGCCAUGAAAUCGUAAGGGACGUUUGGGAGCCGCUGUCACUUAUGUGGGUUUUGUCUGGAGGGGUCAGGUCGGGAAAGUGCAGAGGCGUCCAAGCAGAAAUCUGAGCUGCAGGAGCGGAUCGGAGGGACGGAUCCCCCCGGAGCCAGAGCGCUGCCUGCCGGGAGGAUGAUCCGAGGAGACUCCGGCGACGCGGUCGAGAUCCGCUGUGGUUUGCACAGAUAACCGGAGCGGAGUCAAAUGGGAGGUCUGAUGGGAAACUAGACACGUCGGCGCGUGUUUUGGUGUGCGAGUGUGUGUGCUUGCGUGUGUAUGUGUUGAGAAGAAAGCUAGAAAUCUAGAAGCUGACUGGCGGCGCCGUGACACCAUGUGGAGCCCGGGAAGAGCCGCUCUGUGCUGGAUGCUGCUGGAGACGUUUCUGCGCUCUGCUGGAGGUCUCAACAUCUGUAUGAGCGGCAGCGCCACGUCCUGUGAAGAAUGCCUCCUGAUCCACCCCAGCUGCGCCUGGUGCGCACAAGAGGACUUCGGGAAGCGCCGCUCGCUGACGUCGCGAUGUGACCUCAAGCAAAACUUGCAGAAGCGGGGCUGCGAGCCGCGCUUCAUCGAGUACCCCAGGAGUACGAUCUCCAUCCUGCAGAACUCGCCGCUGAGCACUAAAGGAUCGGGACCGGCCCAGUACGACGUGGUGCAGAUCAUGCCCCAGAGAAUCUCCCUCAGCCUGCGGCCAGGAGACCAGACGGCAUUCAGCUUGCAGGUGCGGCAGGUGGAGGAUUACCCGGUGGACCUCUACUACCUGAUGGACCUCUCGCUGUCCAUGAAAGACGACCUGGACACCAUCCGUAACCUGGGCACCAAGCUGGCGGAGGAGAUGGGGAAGCUGACCAGCAACUUCCGUCUGGGCUUCGGCUCCUUCGUGGAUAAAAACAUGUCGCCCUUCUCCUACACGGCCCCCAAGUACCAGGAGAACCCCUGCAACGGAUACAAGCUCUUCCCAAACUGCGUGCCCACCUUCGGUUUUCGCCACAUCCUCUCUCUGACGGACAAAGUGGACCGUUUCAACGAGGAGGUGCAGAAGCAGAUGGUGUCCCGGAACAGAGACGCUCCAGAGGGCGGCUUCGACGCCAUCCUGCAGGCCGCCGUGUGCAAGGAGGAGAUCGGCUGGAGGAAGGAGGCCUACCACCUGCUGGUGUUUGCCACGGACGACGUGCCGCACCUGGCUCUGGACGGCCGGCUGGGGGGGCUGGUCCAGCCUCACGACGGCCGCUGCCACCUCAACGACCACAAUGAGUACAGCGCCUCCACCAAGAUGGACUAUCCAUCUCUGGCUCUGCUGGGAGAGAAGCUGGCUGAAAAUAACAUCUUCCUCAUCUUCGCCGUGACCAAACGGCUCUACGUUAUUUAUAAGAAUUUCACAGCUCUCAUACCUGGAACCACAGUGGAGAUCCUGGAUCAGGACUCGAAGAACGUCAUCCAGCUGAUCAUUACCGCCUAUAACAACAUUCGGUCCAAAGUGGAGCUAACUGUGUCGGACCACCCCGAGGACAUCAACCUGUCCUUCACUGCCACCUGCCAAGAUGGGAAGCCGCUGCCAGGUUUCAGGAAGUGUGCAGACUUAAAGAUUGGAGAAACGGUCUCCUUCGAUGUGAGUGUGGAAGCUCGGAGCUGCCCGCCCCGCGGCACCGACCAGACCUUCACCAUAAAGCCGGUGGGGUUUAAGGACCGCCUGGAGGUAGCUGUGAACUAUCAGUGCGACUGCAGCUGCAGCCGGACGGCGCAGGUCAACAGCAGCCUCUGCAACUCUAUCGGCAUGUACAACUGUGGGACCUGCCGGUGCGAGCCGGGCUACCUGGGCGCCCACUGCGAGUGCCAGGAGGGCGAGGCCAGCAGCAUGUACCUCAGCGCCUGCCGGGAAGCCGAGGGCAAGCAGGUCUGCAGCGGCCGCGGAGAGUGCAGCUGCAACCAGUGCCUCUGCUACGAGUCCGAGUUCGGGAAGAUCUACGGAAGCUUCUGCGAGUGCGACGACUUCUCCUGCGCCAGACACAAAGGCGUCCUCUGCUCAGGUCACGGAGAGUGUCACUGCGGGGAGUGCAAAUGCCACGCCGGCUUCGUGGGCGACAACUGUAACUGCUCCACAGAGACGUCGCUCUGCUUCUCGGACGACGGGAAGAUGUGCAGCGGGCGAGGGAGCUGCGUGUGCGGCCGCUGUCAGUGCACCGAGCCGGGGGCGUUUGGAGAGACCUGUGAGAAAUGCCCCACCUGCCCCGACGCCUGCGGCACCAAAAGGGAGUGUAUUGAGUGUCGGCUUUUCAACUCGGGGAGACUCGCUGACAACGAGACCUGCCAGCGCUUGUGCAAGGAUAAAAUCAUAACUGUGGAGAGCCUCGAAAACGAGGACCCUGCAGCGGUGCUGUGUGUGUAUAAGACGGAGAACGACUGUGUGAUGAAGUUCACAUACCUGGAGCACGCCAGCGGACGCUCCAUCCUCACCGCGCUCCAGGAGCCGGAGUGUGGAGGUGGUCCGUCUGCCUUAACGGUCCUACUGGCUGUGGUGGGCACCAUCUUACUGGUGGGAGUGGUUCUGCUGGCCACCUGGAAGCUGGUCAUCACCAUACACGACCGGAGAGAGUUUGCUCGCUUCCAGAGCGCUCGGGUCCGCGCCCGGUACCUCAUGGCGUCCAACCCUCUGUACAAGGACCCCAUCACCACUCACUUUGCAGAAAUGGAAACGUUCGAGAAGUCUUUUAACGGCGGGGUCCACUGAUCCCUCUGCACGGGGCACGGCAGGACCGGUCCAACACACAGACCCCUGAAUGAUGGAGGACAGCAGACUGAACACACCCUCCCUCCUUCCCUCUGCUCUCCACCCGUCCACGCUGCUGACAAACGAUUCAAACGAACCCAGAAGACUUUGAGUCUGUCGUAUUUCUGUUCCUGAGGAGAUUCAAAAGGACAAUUAAACUCAGAGCGUGGAGCAGACUCAAACUGUGGAUGUGCAGCUUACACAAGAUAAACUCCUAACCACGUAGAGCAGCAUUUACUGAACAGGAUAUUGGCUUAUAUUUCCAUAUUUUCAGAAAUACUAAAGACAUAUUUGAGAAAUGAGCUCUUCACUCAGCAGGACUCUGAUUUGCAGCAUAUUACUAGCUUUUAUUUCUACAGAAGGUUGUAAUGAUCAUUUGAUACUACUAAUAUUUACUAAGCAACAGAUGUCUUACCUUUAUUUUGCACAUAUGGUGUUAAAGUGUCUAAUUCUGUAAAGAUGUGUUUGGGUUGAUCACAUGAGGCAGUUGCACUCUCCUCUGUUAAUCUGAAUAGCAGGGCAUUAACAAACUAACGCCUGGACAUGACCUGACUGCACUCGUGUCACUCCAUGUUGUCAAUGGGAACCAAACUGCCACACCUCGAGUUCAAAGAGAAGCUCCAAUCAGAAUUUAGGUCCCGGUUUUUAUAAAGCUUGACCUGCCGACAUCAGUUUGACUGAUUCUGGGUUCCCUUUAAGAACUGCAAACACCUGGAUGGUGCUAGCCAUUCACCAGUUGGAGUGAAAAGUGAAACCAGAGCACCGUUGCUGUGCUCCACUCAGCCUUCCCGUUACUUACCGACGUCUUGUUCUGUUUCAGCACAUCUUAUAAAACGUCUCGAUGCCUCUUCUGACUUUAGUUUGAGCUUUCUUAGUUCAGUAAAGGAUCCUGUAUGGUCGAUCUGAAGUCGACCUGUCGACUCGCGGUCACGUGGUUCCAAAGCGUUCUUUUUCGAGUCCACAAGCCGCUCCGAGCCAAGUGAAGCCCUUCCCACUGUAGGAUGGUGAACACAGCGAUCAUGUCAGAGAGGAUUGACCAUUACAAGUUCACAAGUUCUGAAAAAAUAAUGACUGAUGAGCUGCAGUAUAUUUAUGUCGCAUGUUAAUGGGAAGAAAAGAAAGAUGGGACAUUCACCCAUGGUUAACGUACUUCCUCAAAGCCUCGGACAAUUGCUCCUCAAAACGAUCCAUCCUGCUCUCUGGCUGAAAAAGCAGCUUCUGGAAGAGCUCCUGCAGAGUGCGGUGGAAGUUUGCCAGGGGGUUGUGACAAGGAGGGGUGGACGACACGAGACUGAGAACAAAAUGAAGCUAUUAUUGUCACACAACGGCGAUAACGAGACCUAUUGGCCCAACCACACAGAACCUUUAAGAACAAGCAGAGUGUGUUCUCCUUAUGGCGACCUGGAAGUCUUUGCUUCUAGCGUCUUUACAGAUGGGGGGGGGAAAAUAUGGGAUUUUUGAAAUUCUGUCGUCGGGUUAGCCUGACGAUUCUGGUCACCAGAUGAACUCUUGGUGCGACUUUAGGUUAGAGCAACCUUUUUGUGGUUACCGAAAGCUCUAUUAUUUUUAAAAGUUGAGUCAUUCCCAGUUGAUGAAGCCGCUCUUCUUUCAGUCCUGUUGUUACCCGUCUACUUGGAAGCUAGGGAAGGUUUGGAUUCUCUCGUGAAUUAUUGACACAAAUUGCAAUCAAGACCCUUUGCAGAAUGAUAUUAGCAAAUUACAGUGGACAGAGUGCCUAGAAAUGGUUUGCUUCGAGUCUUGAAUGCGCUUCUCUUGUCUCCAAUUGAUCGUCCUUUUGCUUACAGAUUGUGUGCGAGUCAGAACUUGCACAUACUGACAGGAUAAAGCCUUUACUUUGCCGAGGGAAUCCUCUAUUGCAACAGUAGCCAAAUGACUCACAGUGAGAAACACGGCCAAGAAAACAAAUUAGAUGCCUAGUUAAUCCAAAAGGAAUGCUUUGAUUUGGUUGUAAUUGGAUCACCAUGUAGACCAGCACCAGCCCAUGUUAAUGAUUUAGUAUCUAAGCAACUGAAAUGACUAAACUGAAUGCAACAAGGUGUAAAUGGUUCCAAUAUAAGUUGACUUGUCAUUUUACAGGAAAACAGUGAGUGGAGGUAUUGCUGUUGAAACAUGUUUGAUAGUAAUACCAGCACCAUUAGGUUUGGUACGGGACACAGUUGGAAAAGUUAUGGAUUCAACACAAUAGAAUGUUACAACAUUUUAUUAACUUUGAUGCUGUGAAAGCUCUGGAGGAGCCAUCUGCACAAUGUCCAAGAAAAAAACAAAAACAAACCAUCAUCCUCUCACCACUUCCUGUUUGUCGUUUUCGCCAGAAGUUGCAUGAGAUUGUUGAUCACGUGACCACAGCCCAAAAAAACCCACCUGAUUCGACUCUAAAAACGUGAGUUUUUUUCUGAAAUUUCCUUGAAUUUACUUUUGUAAUUUCAAUUUGUGAAAUUUUCUGGUUAAUGGAAGCGCAGCUAGAGGUUGUCACUGAUUUGCUGUUUAAACCUGUUGACAGUUGUUGAUUUGUACUUUUUGGAUAGAAGAAGAUUAAUAUGUACUUAAUUGGUUGAAUAGAUCCAGAUGUUUAUGAUUUUGGGGGGAAUGGGGGGAUAAAGACGAGCUUUGUUUGCAGUCUUGAAUGCAGAGGUGACUCAAUGUUUGAACCAUUAUGUUGUCUAUUGCUAUGCUGUCAUCUGUUAUAUGAAUACCACGCUUCCUCCUUUUAGUAAAUGUAUUUCCAGUAAAGAAAUGACAUAUCACCAGCCUUUUGCAUGAUAAAGGUUGUGGUGAUGUUACUGAACUUGUACAACUAGCUGGGUGUCGUUAGCUGUGUUUCCAUUACAAACAUGCACAAAACCAUUUCCAUAAUAUGCUAAUGCUGAAACGCAUUUAAAAUCAAGUGUGAAAAGUCAUUAGAAAACACCCAGCACCAUCCUCUCCCUGCCACAUCCUGUCGUCUUCUUUGACGUUUCUGCCAGUAGUAACGUCCCGCUGUUGAUUAUGUUACUCGUGCCAAAUGAAAAAAGUGUUCCCAUUACAGUUUCACAUCUAUAUGGCCAAAAAACAACCUCACCAUAGCUAAACAUUUUUAACUAAAAAGUUUUUUCAAAAUUCCCAUAUCUCCAUUAAGCAAAUGUAUUUUCAUAAUUCCGAUUUGCACAAUUAUACGUUCAAUGGAAACACAGCUGUUGUGUGGGAGGGGGCUUGUAAAUAUUACUUGAGUGCCAAAUGGAUGGCUGUGUGUUUUUACUAAGAGUUUGUCUCCUGGAACGGAAAUGUUCUUCCUGCAGGGUCCUUGAAGACAUGUCCACACUCCAUGUUGAUGCAACAAUAAACGGCUCAGUUC